GUUUGGAAUCGGUCUCCUCUCCAGCCCAAGUCACGGGCCGGGGCCCAAAAUAAAACCCCUCAUCUUCUAAUUUCUGUAGCAACAUGCACCACUACGCCUUGCGUUCAUUUCCGCACCUGGUACCCGAACAGCAGGGGAUAAGUUUGUUCCUAAUCAUAAACAAAACAUUUGAAACCAUUUCUGAAUCUGAAAAUAAAAUCUCCUGGGAUGGCUGCGGGUGAACUACAAAUACUGCGUGACCCUCGCGGCUACUGUCACAGACAAUACUAACUCGUAUUGGCAUGAAAAUGCGAUUCUCGUCAAGGCAGCCAGCAGCUGCAGCUCCAGUCUGCGGACAGUUUGUACCUCUGCGUGCUUUUCUGGGUGGAGACUGAGGUCCUCCUCCACAAAAACAGCCAAGGACAGACAGCACGAGCCAGCUCCACCACCGGCGGCUGCUUUUAUCACAGGCCUUGGAAACUGAGAAUUAUUUUUUUUUGCUCAGUUGGUUUUAAGCGCCCCGCAUACCGUAAAGUAGACCGGAGCAGUUUAACGUUACAAAUCAAGAGAGAUGAGUAAGGCGGAGCAGGUGCCCGAGGAAAUGCCUGCAUACCUCAAAGAUGAGCCAGUAGCUACAGACAACAACAAAGACCACCCACAGACACAGCCGGGCAUGUUCGGCAGGUUGGCAGGGGGCUUGUACGGUGCCACCAAGGGAGCUUUAGGAGCGACGGUGGGUGGUGUGACCUGGAUAGGAGGAAAAAGUCUGGACCUCACCAAGACCGCCGUCAGCUCUGUAGCCGCUGUGCCUGCCAUGGGAGUGGGGCUGGUUAAAGGAGGAGUGUGCGCCGUAGCUGGAGGAGUGACUUCUGUCGGUUCUGCAGUGGUCAGCAAAGUUCCCAUAGGAGGAGGCAAAAAGAAGGACAAGUGUGACUGACGAGGACAGGAGGAGAGUGAAUGCACAAAGCUGAGUUGAACGAGCUCAUACCGUGUUCGCCUGUUUUAGGAUUCAUGAGCAGGAAAAGACCACAGAGGACUCAAAAGUUCAGUGUACACAUUUUGGUGAGGGGUCUGUGCUUCAUUUAUGUCUUUAGUGUCUGUUUUUUUUAAUGUGUUUUGUUAGUAAACCCACAUUCAAACAAUUAUGUGGCAAGGACCCGCAAAGCCAGAACUAACAAAGACUCUCUGAACUCUGUUGUUAAAGGAAAACACAACCAAACUCUUAUCACCUGUGCCUGAAGUUGUUCAAAUAAAAUGUCCAUGCUUAAUUUCUGAUAAUAAGCUACAACAUUGUUUUCACUGCAGACUGUUGUACUUGUUACAUUAGGUCCUUUAGUACAGGAGGAGAACAGCUCAGCUCAGAUUGUAAAUGCACUAAAUUUUAACUCGCAAGACAAUCAGUGAUCAAUGAUGAUCUAUAAGUGACAUGAGGUGUUUGUUGAUGAUUGGAAAGAUUUCACAGUCAACUGAAAAACACUCCAGUUAAUCACCUUUGUUCACAAAUGAGCAACUAACUGAUGUGAUGUGAUUUGAAGAGUCUAGUCCAAUUUCAUAUCUAAAACGCAUGCCGGCUGUGGACUGUGGAUAUUUCACUGGUGAAUUUUUGUGACAGUUUCUGCUUUCCUCUGAAUUCAUGUUGCCCUCUGCCAGUUAUAAUGUCAGCUCAGUGGAAGGCAAUUUGUACUUUUGAUACAGAAUCCAGCUUAUUAUAAUAGAUGUGUCACAUUAUUAAAAAAGUCAGAAGAUUUUGAUUGUAAUGAACUAUUUCCAGGUAUAGUGUUAAUUGAUUCACUGUGACUCUACUAGUCGAGUUUAAGUUUGUCGAAUCACAUUUUACACAUUACACUUCAAUUGACUAACUCUAUGUUUUGAUAGUUAAUGUUACAUGUUGGGUAGCGUGGCUCUCAGAUCUGAUCACAGCCACAGAAGCUUGAUAAUAGCAUAAACCUCUGCUACUGUACCAAAGAAGUUUAGUUCUCAACCCUAAUGUUUCGCUAAUGCUCAUCCAUAUUUCUUAGGGUCACUGUGUUUACUGUUGUAGCAAUCUGAUGGCUGGAUUUCUCAAUAUUACAGUAUUUCAGUUGUCAAGUACAUUUUAAGCUGACAAACCUGUGAAAGUACAUUUAGUUAAAAAAAAAAAAAAAAAAAAAAAAAA